AUGUAUCCUCGUCCAACGCGCGACCUGCAGAUACCACGUCAGACUCUGAGCACGCGGCCGCCCGUCUUCGUGCUGGAAGGCGGAGAUCCGGUAGACAGGGCGAUACACUACAGCGUGACGGAGACGCAGAGCAGCCAGGCCCGGGGCGAGGCUCGGGUGCGCGUGCCCUUCAUAUCCGCGGCCAACGAGCGACGGCCGGGGGGCGACUGGGAGACGGGAUCUUCGGGUUACGAAGAGAAGCUGUGCCGGCGGAGCAACCUGUGGGCGACGCUGAACACGCCCUGGCCUGGCACGGGGCCGUCGAGCGGCGGCGGCGGCGGCGGCGGCGGCGGCGGCAGCGGCAGCGGCAGCAAUUACCCGAUCCCGCCGCAGGGGGGGAUCCUGUCCAACUCGGUGGUGGUGUACCGGGGCCCUCAUGACGGCUACGAGAGGCUGGACGGGUGGUACGACCUGCCCGUGGUGUCGGUGCCGCCGACGCGGUGGCCGAAGCUCCGCGACAACGGGACGAGGUACUCGUUCGCCCAGGAGCGCGACAUGAUGCGUGAGAAGAUGCGCGCCGCCCUGGGCAUAUGCCUGUACAACAACUAUCCGCGCGUGGUGAUUGGGGAUUUCGGCCUGGGCAACAGCUACCGCAACCCGCCGCGCGAGGUGGCCGAGAUGUGGCGCGACCUGUUCCUCUUUGACCCGGACAUCCGCGGCCAGUUCCACUACGUCGUCUUCGUCUUCGACGACGCUCACCGGAGCACAUCCCACCUCAUACGGGACGAGAUGUACAAGAAGGAGAGCAAACGUGGGGGGGGCCGUGCUUCCGUCGCCUCAGCAGGAGCAGCAGCAGCAGCCAGGAUCCCUCAUCAUCAUCAUCCAACCGAGGACUGUCAUGGCAUCACACGAGAACACGGGGGUCUACCUACCGAUCUGGCCAUCUUUGAAGAGAUUUUCGAUCCUAGAGAAGUGCAGAGGGUGUUGAGUCAGCCUGAUCCACGGUAUGGGUUGGCCAUGAUAACAUCUUGA